GUAAAUUCCAAAAUCUCCGAACAAUCGUACUAUUGCAAGCUGGAUUUUUCUCCUUGAUUUUCUCAUUUUCACUACUGCUGCAUCACAAGUAAGUACCACUGCCAUUAGAAUCAUCACCAUCGACUUGAAAACCAAAUGACACUGCAAAUUAUCAAAAAGUCAGAAGUCUACUCGUACUGGCCGGUCGCCACUCCCCACGCGGCGGCCGGCAGCUGCAUGCGGGAGUAACCAUCCGCAAUUCCCACGUACCCAUUUUUCUAUUCGAUUUAUUUGUUAUUUCUCCUUCUAAUAAUCAUAAUAAUUUUAUUAUUAUAUUGGGACUUCGUUUGGGUUAAUUGGAGUUUAUUUUUAUCCCGUGUUAAAAACACAGCUUAUCGCAAACCUCUAUAUGCACACCUUUAAGCUGAUCCUAGGUACUAGACAAACGUUAAAAAAAACACACUUUGUCUAGAGGUUUCGCAACAAGUUAGAAAUUCAGAACGUGGCGAUUAAGUACGACAGCACCUAAGUGACACUUAGGUGGAGCUGAACCGUCAAUAUCGUAAUGGAGAAAUUAACAUCAUCUACAACGUACAAUCUUUUCAAUGCGAGCUCUUGAUCAAUGAUUUUAUGAAGUUGUGACUUACACUUCUUACUUACUGUUAAGCAGGGGCGUAGCUAGCACAGGAGAAGGGGGUGCCAAUGCACACCCUUGCUUUGGGCUCAACAAAGGGAGAAUAGGUGUAUGUUGGAAAGAGCCCAUUAAAAUUACACCUGGACUUGUGGACUUGGACGUUUAGGAGUUGAGACAAUAACAUAUUAAAACAAAUACUUUUAUCCAAAAAGUAUCAAAAGGAUAACAAACCAAUCUAGUAAUCAAAUUCCCUUCCAGGCUUCUGCUACAAAGGUAACCUAUAGGUAGCAUCACUCCAUCCCGAUUGACCAAUUUCCCAUUAUCAUCGCCUCAACCUGUAGGUAGAGAUUGUCAUUGUGGUUUCUUAUUGUUAUUGUCCCAAUCUAAUUGAGUUUUUUCAAUUAAUUAUUUGGUUAAUCCGUUUUUUUAAAAUAUGUAGCUUUUACCAUGGAGAAAUCUUGAUAAAAAUGGUCAAAACAACUCCAAAUGUUCAACGACAUGAAGUUAAUUCCUCAAAUGCACCUACAUUUAACUCUAACUCGACUACACAAGUACUGUCACAACAAUCUCUCCCGAUAAACCAUGAUUAUGAAUUUCGCAACAACAUAUAUAUGUUUCCAUGACUAUAGGCCACACACGGGGUGGUUGGGAUGUGGGGGAAAGAGAAAAGAUGCAAACGGGAGGGGACCUUAUCCAGCUUUUCCCCACGCCAAAGGCAAAUUAUUAAUUUAAUGGAUUGAUAUAACAUGGCAGAGACCCACAACUGCAAGAAAGCAACUGGAAGUUCCACAUAUACCGAUCAUAUAUAUACCAACUUGCUUCAUUGGUUUCGCUAAUAAGCAAGAAGGAGAAAAAUACAUAGAACAAGAAAAAAAGGAGACCGGCCGCCGGGCUAGCAAGGGAGAGAGAGAGAGAGAGCUGCAGAUCGGAGAUCGAUUCCGAUAUCCGAUCAGACCGGGCGGCCGGCCGGCGGGGUGAGCGGGAAAUGCGAAUAGGUAAAUACGAGGUGGGACGAACCCUGGGAGAAGGCAAUUUCGCCAAAGUGAAGCUAGCGAGGAACUUGGACACCGGCCACCCUUUUGCCAUCAAGAUCCUCGACAAGGCCAACAUCCUCAACCGUAACAUCGCCGAUCAGAUAAAGAGGGAGAUUGCAACGCUGAAGCUCCUCAGGCACCCUAACAUCGUCAGGUUGCACGAGGUAUUGGCAAGCAAAUCCAAAAUUUACAUGGUCCUUGACUAUGUGACCGGCGGUGAGCUCUACGACAGAAUUGCAUUCAAGGGGAGGCUAUCUGAAGCUGAAGGAAGGAAGCUCUUCCACCAGUUGAUCGACGGUGUCAGUUACUGUCACAACCAUGGUGUCUUUCACAGGGAUCUUAAGCUGGAGAAUGUUCUUCUGGAUGCAAAAGGGCGCAUCAAAAUAUCAGAUUUUGGACUCAGUGCGUUGCCAAAACAUUUCAGGGAUGACGGGCUACUUCAUACCAUCUGCGGAACUCCAAACUACGUAGCACCUGAGGUUCUGAGGAACAAAGGCUACGAUGGUGCAACCGCUGAUAUAUGGUCCUGUGGUGUCAUUUUGUACGUCACCCUCACAGGCUCCCUCCCAUUCGACGACAGGAACCUUGCUGUGCUGUAUCACAAGAUAUUGAAGGGGGAGGUGGAGAUGCCGAAAUGGAUGAGCCCCGGGGCUGGAAACCUAAUCAGCAAGAUCCUGGAUCCAAACCCCGCCACCAGAAUCACAAUGGCGGGCAUCAAGUCCGAUCCCUGGUUCAAGCAAGAUUACGUCGCAACGGCAGCAGCAACGCUACUCUUAUUAGAUGACGAAGAAUACGAAGCAGAAUUAUUAGUCGAUGAGGCCGACGACGACGACGUUGACGACGAUGACAUCGUUGUUGAUGACGAAGAUGGAAGCUACUGCAGGUUGAUGAUCCCGCCGCCACCUGCAGCUGGAGUGCUACUGCCGAAGACUCAAUCUCUACCGGCCGGAUUAUCUGAAGCCACCAGCAGCAAUAUUCGUCGUAGCAGUACUCGUCGUCCUGUCAUCAACGCGUUCCAGCUGAUAGGGAUGUCGUCGUGUCUCGACCUCUCCGGGUUUUUCGAGGAAGAGGACGUUUCCGAGCGGAAGGUCAGGUUUGCGGCGUCCGACUGCUCGUUCAAGCAACUGAUGAAGAAGAUGGAGGGGAUUGCGACGGCGAUGGGGUUCCACGUCCGCAAGGUCAUGAGGAACCAACACAUCAGGCCUAGGUUGAUGAUCAUGAAAGUGGUGCAGAACGGCCAGCACAUUAUGACGGGUUCUGCCAAAUCCAAUCUCUCGGUUGCUGCGGAGAUAUUGGAGAUAAGCCCUUCACUCUACGUAGUUGAACUGCAGAAAUCAUAUGGAGAUUCCUCUGUCUAUAGACAAUUAUGUGAAAAGCUAUCAAAUGACUUGGGGAGUUCAUCGUCAGUUACGACCCCAAAGUCAAGUUGUACCAUGGCUCUGGCGGAAGCCUGAUUCGGCCAGAUCAUACCGUUCCAGUGUGAUGGGAGAUUCAAUUGAUGGCCACAGACACAGUCUAAAUGUUUCAUUGUUCUUCUUCUGUAAUUAAUCUCGAUACACCGAUCGACUGUGUAUAUGUAAUGUAUGGAAAGUGAAGAAUAAGUAUAGAGUUAAUCAUAAUUAGAUUGUGUUAACACUUUAAGUCGUCAGAUAUUUGAAGUAUAUGCAACUUUUAUUCAAUGGUAUAGAAUUAAAAUUACAAUUUGCUAUUGGUAUAGACAUCUUCAAUUCAAAUGAAUAUGGUAUGAUGAC